AUGAGUGGAGUUAAAGUGAUGUGUAUUGGUGAUGAUGCAGAUAGUAAAAAGUGUAAAAUUGUGGUCAAUAAUUAUGUUGAUACAAAUCAAAUCAAUUUACUUGGAAAGAACAUCAUUUUGGAGGAAGACCUCAAUAUUGAUAAUGUAAUAUCCUAUGUCAAAAUAACAAGAGACGUUUCUUUGAGUACAUUUGAAGCAACACAAAUGUACAUUGAAAUGGUUGAGAAGGGCAUCUUAGAAGUGGAACAAUAUGCAUCUUUUGGAUCACUUUUGCUUGUAAAAAUCACAUAUUUAUGCAUUUGA